GUACCACAUUCCGUGACUGUUGCCGCUGAAGUUCAUUGAGUAAACUGGCAUUCUGCCAAAGCUCUGUUUGUAUGUGUUUUGUUGAACGUAACAUUUAGCGACGAGGAUGGCUUUAUCUCUACCUCCCCCUGAGCCAUUUCUGCCCCACGCUGGUGAACCUGUCAUGCCGUGGGAGCGCUGGUAUGUGUUGUUUCAGACGUACCUUGUAGCUGCGGGCUUGUAUGAUGUCCCGGAUGGGAGAAAACGUGCACUUCUCCUCCAUUGUCUCGGCGCUGAGGGAUUACGGAUCUUCCAGACGCUCUACGCUGCAAAUACAUACUCUGAAGCUGUUGCACAACUAAAAGGACAUUUUCAAAAGACUCAUAGUGUGCUGUUGAAACGCUUACAUUUCAGACAAAGAUGCCAACAAUCGAGUGUGUCAGCCAGUCAGUUUGUCGUUGAUUUAAAAAGCCUUGUGGAGCCAUGCAAAUUUGGUGCUCUCCGUGAUGAAUUAAUUAGAGACCAACUUAUUGAAAAAACAAACAGCGCACGGGUCAGAGAGAGGCUGCUUAUGGAAAAUUAUAAACUUAUUUUGGAUAAGGCUCUCACUCAGGAACUCCAAAUCGAAGAAGCUACAUGGUGUGCAGCUAAAAUAGCAGAGACUAAUGCAGCUAAAACUGAUGUCACCUCUGUACCUGCAAAUACAGUCAUGGAUGAGGAGUUCCAGCCUGCAGGUGCAAUCAUCCAGCAAACACAGCCUCAGUCAAGUCAACAAAGACGGAGAUGUGGCAACUGUGGCUCCAUUCGUCAUGCCAACAGGUCCCCAGAUUGCCCAGCUAUCAGCCAAAAGUGUAGACAUGGUGUUAAGCUCAACCAAGGUUGCAAGGUGGUGCAGAUCAAAGUCCAGUUCGCAGCCUUCACCAGCAGUAAUUCAUACAGUUGGUCCUCACUCAGUCACUUUCUCCACAUGUGGUGUGCAGCUGAAAGACUGUUGCAUUUCACUGCUUCUUGACACGGGAGCUAAAGUGUCAUUGCUUAAUAUGGCCACCUACAAGAAAAUUUUCUCUGAUGUUGAGUUACAACCAUCACCUCUGAAGAAGGCUGGACUGGGGUUAAAAUUCGAGCCUGGACAAAUCCAGCCCAUCUGGCCCACGAGUUCGCCCAUGAAUGUUUUACUGGGUUACAGGGCCUUUAAUUGGAGUAAAUAAUAAUAGAUAUUACUGAAUUCACGACAAAUGCAACAAACUUAAUGCAUUUUUGUCACAUAGAAAUCCACUUGACA